CGAGGCGCGCCUUGGCUGGAAAGCGGAGAGCGGCGGGCGGUGCAGCCAAUGAGAGGCGGCGCUGCCUAGCGGCUGGGAGGCGGGGCCUGCGCGGGUGUUAGGUUAGCGCGAGGCGUGACCUAGUUGACAGGCUCUGAGGAGCUGCUGUGGCGGCGGCCGUCGGGCUGAGGCGGGUCGGAGCCGAAGCCGAGUGCUGGCUGUGGGAGGAGGGCGGUGACUGGAGACCGGCGAGCGGCGCGGGACGCAGAGCCUCUUUCACUUUUUCCCUCCCGAGUGCCCCCCUCCGAGCCCUCCCACUCCACACACACCCUGUUUGCCCGUGAGCCUGGGGAACUUGCAGUUUAAAGCCGGCCACCCCCACGGCAACAUGUACCCCAGCAACAAGAAGAAAAAGGUGUGGAGAGAGGAGAAAGAACGUUUACUGAAGAUGACCUUAGAGGAGAGGCGCAAAGAAUACGUAAGAGACUAUGUUGCCCUGACCACCAUUCUAUCCUGGAAGGAGGAGAUGAAGGGCAAGAACCAAAAUGAUGAAGAAAAUACUCAGGAAACAUCACAAGUAAAGAAAAGUUUGAGCGAAAAGGUUUCUCUCUAUAGAGGUGACAUCACAUUGCUAGAAGUGGAUGCUAUAGUCAAUGCGGCCAAUGCCAGUCUGCUUGGAGGAGGUGGUGUGGAUGGCUGCAUUCACAGGGCAGCAGGCCCCUGUUUGCUGGCGGAAUGCCGUAACCUGAAUGGCUGUGAAACUGGACAUGCAAAAAUCACCUGUGGCUACGACCUGCCUGCAAAACAUGUCAUCCAUACUGUAGGGCCAAUAGCCAGAGGCCAUAUUAAUGGUUCCCACAAGGAAGACCUGGCAAAUUGCUAUAAAUCAUCUCUGAAGCUGGUGAAGGAAAAUAACCUCCGAUCGGUUGCAUUUCCCUGCAUCUCAACAGGCAUUUAUGGUUUUCCGAAUGAGCCUGCUGCAGUCAUUGCCCUCGGCACCAUUAAGGAAUGGCUGGCCAAGAAUCACCAGGAGGUGGAUCGGAUCAUAUUUUGCGUCUUCCUAGAAGUUGACUUUAAAAUCUACAAAAAGAAAAUGAGCGAGUUUUUCCCUGUAGAUGAUAAUAAUGAAGAAGACGUUGACAUGAAAGAAGAAUCAGAAGGGCUAGAGCCAAAAGGUCUCUCUCCACCCCACAAGAAGAGCAAAGCGAAGAAGCCAGAAUGUUCCAAAGACUCUAGCGAAGAUGAGAAUGGUCCCGAAGAAAAGCAAAGUGCAGAAGAAAUUGAAGGCCAGAGCCAAGAAGCAGGUGGGCUCAGAUUUCUUUUGAGGAGUCUCCUAGGCCUCAUCCACAGAGAUGGUGUCAGUGCCACCACCGUGCCCAGUCCCGCCGCAGAAGAGACAGUUGAAGUUUGCAAAGAGGAAGAGUCUGCAAAGGAUGGCAAUAUUACAAAAGACAAUGAAGUAACAGAUCAUUCUGUGUGUGACCAAGAUCACCCCGAUGGACAAGAGAAUGAUUCAACAAAGAAUGAAAUAAAACUCGAGACAGAAUCCCAGAGCUCAUAUAUGGAAACAGAAGAGCUUUCAUCCAACCAAGAAGAUGCCACAAUUGUGGAGCAACCAGAAGUGAUUCCACUGACAGAUGAUCAAGAAGAAAAAGAAGGUGCAAACGCUCUAGGCGAAGACACACCUACAGCUUCUGAGAAAAGCCAGGGCUCCAGUGACACUGAAACUGCUGCAGGUCCUGAUGUUGAAAUGAACAGUCAAGCUGACAGUAUAAAUGACCCGACAGAGAGUCAGCAAGAUCACCAAUAGGGGCACAAGGUGAAGCACAGGAACAGAGAUGAAACUCAAGGACAGCCCUCAGCCCCUCGAGGCCUCUCGUGGCCUUGGGGAGUUGGGGAGAUGACAGCUGCGCUGUGCAGGAGGGUGGGGUGGGGUGGGGGGAGGAACAUCCCUCAGAGGAAGGAUGGGGCUCCUUUGCUCUCAUUUCUCCACCGGCAUUAUGUUCUAUUUACCUGGCAAAAAUGAAAGAAAAAAAAGUUUCCUUAUCUUGGUGGGAGGAUCCAUGCUAAGGCAUCUUUCAGGCACUGUCCCUGUCACUUCUGUUUGCUCUCCAACUUUGCCCCAGGUCCCGGUGGAAGGGUUUAACACUCAUGUGUGUCUCCUGGCCCACCUGCCUUCUCAGUUAUUUCACAAAGCUGGCCCUACAGUGCUUUCUCCAAAGAGGAAGAUGAUGGUUGACAGGGUGCAGGCCAAAUUUCAGCAAUCACCAAGCUGUGUCAGUAUAAUCCACAGGGAAAAGAAAAGGAUAGAAAAUGUGAAGAACUCUCAGAAUCCACUUUGGAAAGGUCUGAAUGAUGAGUUUAAAAUGUAUUUUCAGGGUUUCCAAGGUACAGUGUGUCCCCUGUAGCUAGCGAGGGCUGUGGAAAGAGGCUUUAACCAAGAGCACAGAGGUGUAACAAGUAAUGUAGGUCCUGGUGGCCACUGGGGUCCUUUACUUCAUGGUCAGGUGGUGCACCAUGUUGAUUUUCAGCAAAGUUUAGUUGGUUCAUGACUCUUACCAUGAGCUUCAGCAUGGAGCCCGCCAUGAGAUGUAUGAGGUAUGACUGAAAUAUAUGGUGAAUGUUUAAAUUUUUAAAAAUUACACUAAAAGACACACUGUUAAUACUUCCUUUCAAAACACUCCCUCUUGCUUUGAACACACUCCUCCUAUCAUUCUUGCCACUCUCUACAGCAGUUCUGGACAUCCUUUUCCUGACUGUCCUUAUGAGGUGUGAUCAAAAAAUCAGUGAGUGCUGCUGCUAGGAGCCAUCCAGUAGACAAGGCAGGCUGGUAAAAACAGUGUGUCCUCAUUCACAGGCUCUGGCAUGGUAGAACUCAUGGCUCUUCCUCAAAUUCAAAAUGGCCUUGUGAGGUGAACAUUUUGAGUCGAUCAUGGAUAUGGUAGACAGCCAUGAUGACAGAAAUCAAGAUAUGAAAGAAAACUUCUAAAACUGCUUCAGAAAGUGGCAAGAAUGUUGGAACGUGUGUGUUCAAACUGAGGAAUAUUUUGAAAGGGAUUAAUGGUAAUAUGCCUUCUACUGUAAUAAAUUAUAUUAAAAUGAAACACGGAAUCAUACCAUGUAACAAUGGUAAAGAAAGCCUCUGUAGAUGUCAAGACCUAAGAGGGCUUGCUGCAUUUAGGACUCAAACAUAUGCCUAUUACUUUUGAGAUGUCCACUUGAAGUCUCUUGUGUUUUUCACAAAAUAACAGUCCAUGGUUUACUCAAGGAUCCAUGACCACUAAGCAGAAUCCCACUGGAAAUUAAAAGCAAUCAGAGCUUUUGCUUACAGUGCCGGCUCUCUGCUCUGCAUUAUAUGGCAUGGUUUAUUCACACCCAGUUCCAGGCUCCUUUGACAGCUGGCUCCCUCACUAGGAAACCAAUGACUGGCCCAUCAGGGGAUCAGCAUAAGAUGAUGCCUGUGGAGUGGUGGGCACAAGCACCAAAAGUCAUCACAGGUAUCUAUCCCAGGGCCAACAUAAAGCAAGACGCUUGGUUCCAAGGCCAUUCCCUUGUUUUCUGUGGAAACUUGUAUUUACUGCAUAUUUUCUUAAAUCCCUCUGCCUUCCUGUUUAGAGCUUUAAUAAAAGGAGAACAGUAGGAAAUCAACUUGAGUAUUUCUAAAAUGACAGGAUGUCUAUUUCCUAAAUAUCCCAUCCAGUCUUUGGUUCUGUCUUUUCUUCUUUGGAAAACUCAUCGUUUUGUCUUCUGAUGACUUUUAUUUUUGGCCUUUCUGAAUUUGUUGCCCCUCCUGCAUGGCUUAGUUGGUAUAUUGGCAUAAUUAGCAAAUUAUAACUCUGCAUAUGUCAUA